AUGGGUCCGGCGGUAGGACGUCAUAAGCGCACCGCUUCGCCCGACACCCCCAAUUUCGCUCCCUUGUCCCUUGACUUGGGUUCUGAGUCAAGCAAGGGUACCGGUGGUUUGAACGCUGACGCCAGUAUCACAGCGACCUCGGGGACGGGCGUACAGGUAGGUUCCAUGCUGGUUGGUCAAGUCAGCGUCGCUGCCCCCGACCGCUGCAAACGCUAUCUCGGAAGUCUGGUCAGCUGCGCACUUGCCGGUUUAGCGAGGAACGGCACCAAUCCCCAGAGGGCCUGCGGGGCCAUUGAGUCCCAGGGUCGCCCUGCACAGUCUCUCAUCCUAUCCCCCUUACUGCGUAUUGUCUGUGUUGACAGACGGAGAGAGACUCGAGCCUCCCAAGUCCACUCUCUUCUGCGCUGGCACUUGGCCUGGAGACGUCUCACUGGCCUGAUGCAGUACGUGGCCGUGGCCGUGGCCUGCAUUGCUUCUCGUCAUGUCCGAUUGGAACAAACAUACAGAGGCGCUGGUGCCACGAGAAAAACGCUCAAUAGCAGCAGCACUGCGGCACAGCUUCUUACCAAGCACACCUGGGCAGCAAGAACCGUCUGUGUAGGAUCGCAGCCCAAAGACUAG